AGUGCUCAUCUGGCAGUGAUAGAUGCCCUGAUGGCCGUGGGAGCCAUGGAGACGGUGACUGCGGUGAAGACAUGUGGUUCUGCCGAUCUCCUGGGUGGAGCCUCCAGCUGGGAAGAGGCUCUGCUUCAUUGGGUUAAUGGGAUAAAUCAGAAAUUAAGAGAACAAACUGAGGAAACCCAGAGUGACACAUCUCAGGCCGUUAUGGAGCCCCAACCUGUUCAACCCUCUCUGCGCUACAGGAAGGAUAAAAUACAGUCCAAACAAAAGCCAAUCUUCCCGGUGGUGAAUGAAGUCAAAGAUCUGUCCAGUGGUUGUGCUGUUGCUGCAGUCAUACAUUACUACUGCCCUGGCCUGCUAAGACUUGAAGAUGUUUGUAUGAAGGAGUCCAUGCCAUCAGCAGAGAGCCUGUACAACCUGCAGGUCAUCCAUGAAUUCUGUGAAAGCUGCCUGAAGAGCUGCUGUAACUUAACAUUGGAGGACAUGCUGUACACCCCACAAGAGCUUAGGCUCAACUGGCUGAGCUUCCUAGCAGAACUGCUUAGCUGGUUUGAAGUACAAAAGCCAGAAUUUGUUCAGCCAAUAGACCCGUUGGAUGGAUCCACACCUGUAACACCAAAUCGUUCGAGUGGCAACAGUUCCUCCCCUUCUAUCUUCAAGAAGCCUUUCCUUCCCAUAUCUUCUCCUGCAUCAGGAUCUUUGACUCAGUCUACCUCAAUGUCUCAUAUAGAAGGAGUUGGAAAGACAUGGAGUAAGAAACCUCUCAGCCGCCCUCUGUCAGCAGUGUCCUUCAGCAUCCCCUUUGGCCUGGACAGUGAUGUGGACGUUGUGAUGGGCAACCCUGUGAUAACCCGCUCUAUGAGCUCAGACCAACUCAACUCAGCAGGCCAACACAUGACGCGGGUGCCCUACACUCCUCCUGAAGACCUCAGCCAUUUGGUGAGCAAACCUCCUGGUCCACAGAGAGCGUCAUGGUCCACCCAGUCUCCCACUAUCCCAAGGGUGGCAGAGGAGAACGGCAUUCCAGAGAGUGAAACGGGAGAGCUGCCAACAAUUGAAGAGGCUCUCCAAAUUAUCCACAACGACAGCAAGAUGGAGCCCCGUUUACACCCUGAUGGUGCUCCUGAUGGCUUUUAUCUCCACUCUCCUGAUUACCCUGCAAGUUCUAGACAUAACAUCAAAUUAGCACCCAUCAGCUGCUCCGCCCCUACACGCUCAGGAAUGAUGUACCGGCCCACUGGAGAGUCCCGGGAGUCCAAUCGCACCAGAAAUACCUCCGAAUGCUCAAGAGAUGAUGACUCGGUCUUGAGAGACGGCAGUGUGGACUCAGACGCAUCAGAAGACUUUCCCAAGGCCCAGUCCACUCCAUCCACACCAGCUGUUAGCGCACACUCUGCCGGAGGCCAUGGCAAAGAGGGGUCUGAUAGCGGUGUGAAGAUGACCAGCUUUGCAGAACGGAAAAAGAAGCAUGUUAUGGAUUCUCCAAAAGCCAGUGACUCCUCUCCUUCUUCUCAGCAGAUGACCACUUCGGCACAAAAGUCUGAUGAAAGCCCCAGCAAGAGCCCACAACUGAAUAAUGAAAUGUCUGAGCUGGGAACUCGGCUUGAGGAAAAGCGAAAGGCUAUCGAAGCCCAGAAGAAACGCAUUGAGGCUAUUUUUGCAAAGCACCGUCAAAGACUAGGGAAAAGUGCCUUUCUGCAGUUAAAAAAGGAGCAGCAUGAGGACGAAGGUGAAGGUGAGGGAGGGAAUGGACAUAUCAGUACCUCAUCCACAGAAGAAGAGCUCUCUCGCUUGAGACUGGACGAAAAGUUAACUCAACUGGAAGAGGAAGAACAAGAUGAACAGCGCCUCUUAGUGGAAGAUGACGGAAAUGUCAAAGGAGGACUUCAGGCAAAUAAACAGAUCAGUCACUCCAAAGAAAAGGCAGGUACACCAGGAGAGAAGGGCCCUGGGACUCCUGGUGAGAAAACGGUAGCUCCACUAGGGGACUAUAACAAUGCUGUUUCAAAGCUGACUGCAGCUCUUAACUCUCUGCAGAGUGACAUGCAGCGGCUGACCGAUCAGCAGAACCACCUAGUCAAUAAGAAACCUCUAACUUCCAGCAACAAAUCCUGGGUUAUUCCACCAAGCCCUAAAACUUCAACUCCAGCCCCUACUCGUCUGUCGCGGGAAUCAACCCGAGAUUUAAAUUCAGCCUCCUCUUCUCCCUCUCCAUCCCGCAAAAUUACGCACUACACCACUCCUCCUAAGUCCCCGAGAGUCCAACGUAGGGCCCAAUCUGUUCCCCCUAAAAGCCCGAAACACCACCAACAAAGUCGUCCCUCCGAGGUUAAGGUCCCAACCAUCUCAAGGGUGAUCACCGCACCACAAAACGUGGACCGAAUCCCCCACCUUCGUCGUGUAAAUCCCUGGCAAUCCCACGACCAGACUUUGUCCUCAUUCUCCAUUGGUGAUUCUGACGGCCAAGACGAGCUGCGGUCAUCUGGACCAACUCCUGUCCCCACGCCGACACUGACCCCAAUACCACCUCCUACCCCGACUCCCCGUCCAGCCACAGAUGACACACUGUCAGAGGUGGGCUCCAAUGACGAUCAUAGUAUAUUUAGCAUGGACCUGGAGGCCGGGCCCUCGCAUGGUAGGAAGGAGGGGUUUGCACAUGGAGGAUACAGCUCUGGUGCACCAUCAGAGUGCUCCUUCGAGAGUGAUGUCCCUGCAGGGCUGUCGAAUGGCAAACGCAGUAGCCUGAUCGAGAUCUCGCUGUCUGCCCUGCGAGGAGAUGGGGAGGAGGAGGACCAAGUGCCUGAUGCUCUCUCUGACUCCAUAAGUGAGCGGACUGAGAUGGAGGCAAAAGGAGGGCUUGGUUUCUUUUUCAAGGAUGACAAAGAGCGAACAGAUGAGGAGAUGGCCCAGAGACGAGCAGCUCUGCUGGAGAAACAGCAGAAGAGAGCAGAAGAGAUGAAAAGACGCAAACUUGAACAGGAAAAAGAAAAAGAAUUAAACAAACCUCAGUGGAUGACUAUUGAGGGCUGGGGGAAUAAGGAGGACAGGCCCCAGACUCCAGGCACCCCCCCAGCAUCAGGCACCCCACCUGGCGAUGGGACGCCCCACCGCAGAGGGGACUUCACACGGCAGGAGUAUGAGAGGAGACAUCAGCUGAAGAUCAUGGAAGACUUGGACAAGGUGCUGAGGCAGAAACCCACCACGGUUCGCGGGGUCAAGAAGCAGAGGCCCAAGACUAUGUUCAGAGAUGACUCAGUCCUCUCUCAUAGCCCUGCCAAAGGUUUAUUGGGCACCAGGCUGAAUAAAGUGUACUCUCACUCCACCAUGAACCUGUCCUCCAUGGCUAACGACUUGAGUGUCAGGAAGUCUCCCAGCCGUUCUCAUUCUCCUUCUCGGCUAAUGUCACCAAGACGAACAAGUGCUCACAACGGAGAGAAGGACUGGGAGAAUGGCUCCACUAUUUCAUCAGCUGCUUCAAUCCCAGAAUACACAGGACCAAAGCUUUACAAGGAGCCUAGCUUUAAGUCCAAUAAGUUCAUCAUCCAUAACGCUAUCACCCGCUGCUGCAUGGCCGGCAAGGUCAAUGAGUCUCAGAAAAAUAAGAUUGUAGAGGAAAUGGAGACGAGCAUGGCCAACCACUUCCUCAUCCUCUUCAGAGAUGCCAGCUGCCAGUUCCGGGCAGUUUACACCAUGAACCCUGAAACUGAGGAGAUGGUGCGGCUCACUGGCAUCGGACCCCGGUGUAUUGCACCUGAGAUGGUUGAGUCCAUCUACAAGUACAGCUCUGAUCGCAAACAGUUCACUGCCAUCCCGUCCAAAACUAUGUCCAUGAGUGUUGACGCCUUCACCAUCCCUGGUCACUUUUGGCAAAAGCGCCCUGGAACUCCCAAGAAGCUUGGAACCCCAAAAUAAUGUCGGUAGAUGAGUAAAGAUGUGCAGAGGUGUUACUAUUCAGGGAACCAACUCCCAACUUGAUUUGGCCAGCAAGGCACUUGCGAUUGUGCAGUUAAACAAUGACAGAAUGACUGAUCAACAUGGACGCUGAGUAUAAUCCAGUCAACUCUACACGCCAAGAGAAAGGGCCAGUUACUCACCCAUUCAGCCAAUGUAUUUACAAUAGUUUUCUCUUGAGGGCUUCUGAUUGGCUCUGCCUCGUCUACUAAGAUUGUAAAAUGUAAUGCGAAUAAUCCUGUUGGGACGAAAAAUCCUCUUUCCUUUGCACCCUGUCUCCUCAUGCCUUGCCUUACCCUGGUCGUUUUUUGCAACUCUUUGUAAGAAGUAAGAAAUAGAGAGGUCGACCUCACUGCCUUUGCACCGAAACACUGAUGUGUGCAACAGUGUUUCGGGCCAGAGUAGUCCCCGCCCCUUUUCAUUCUGCUCGCUUUUUCCUUUUGCUGCCUUUUGUUAAUUUUCCAGUGCUCACCCUCUCUCCAGUCUACACAGACGAGUGGAGCAACUCACCGUUCAGACUGGAGAUCUAAGAUGAAAAUGAAUAAGGGGUAAUGCAGCUCUCAUAUGAAUGUAGGGCAAACACUUACCACUCACUCCAUUCAAGGGUGUUCUCACUGGUUGGUCAGGACUAAAAAAUUAGGUUGUGGGUGGUUCCUCUUUGGGCUGCACUGGUGGUGGAUACUGUUGUUGUCAAUGGUUUUGCACACCUAGAGACUGCCUGUGGUCCCAUAGUCCGCACAUCCCACUCCAUUCCAACUCCUCAGCUGUAGACAUCUGGAUGUUUUUUUUAUACUAUUUUGACAUGUUUUUGCUGGACAAAUCGCUUCAGCCUUUGGGAGCUGAAGGAAGAAUGACAUUAUUGAGACUUUUUUUCCUCUUAUCAUGCUUUCUAAUUUUCAACAUGUGAUGAAUUGAAAUGAUAUCUGAGCUGAUCUUGAAAAACUAAACUGGAAACAUGAAGGAGGGCUUUACCAUGUUUAUAAUUACAUGGAUACAGCUCUGUGUGAAAAUGAUAAUCAAUGCUGAUUUAAUAUAUACUGAAUGCUGAUUACUCUGAUUUUUUUUUUUGGACAAUGAUAUGUAAAAAGUUAGUUGACCUUUGUAAGCUACCAAUAAGCUAGCCUGCUGCUUAAGCAUUAGUGAGAAGUAUGUUUGAGAUGUGAAUGAGUGUAUGAGAAUUGUCAAACAACUGAAAAUUGAAACCUUUUGUCUUGGGAUUAAUAAAUCCUUUAGGUCACUAGGAGUCUGUUUCCUAUUAAAUGAUUCCCUGUUUGUGGUUUUCUUGAUGAAGGAUCAUUCCAGACUGUCACAGCCCUCACCUUCUCAACACAGACUCCUUUAUGUAUAACGGGGGGGAAUGUAAGGCGCCAAUGUAAAACACUUUUUUUGCCAGUGAGUCCAAGCGGUUUGGAAAAACACUUGACCCUGCAGUUGUUUGUAAUCAGGUCAAUAUUGCUACAUAACCUGUGGUAAUUUGGUCUUGUUCCCUUCAUUUGCAGUCUUUAGCACUACAGCAGCUGCCGUGGUGCAGCUGUCUUCUUCACUGACUGCCUCCACCAAAUGUUAUUGUUUGAAUGAGAUUCCAAUACAGAUGUGGGAAAAAAAUGAGAGCCACAUUUAGGGAAAAAAAGAUGAUUGAGUGUGGAGGAGUGCACAUGGACUUAGUGGAUGUUUGUAUUUAUGAGUUUGUAAAGAGUAGUAUGUGGUAGGUAAACACUAUAAUUUGAUUCUGUGCAAUUAUCCCUUAAGAAAUCCCCACGUCCCCCAGAGGUGUAUUUAUUUGGUUUGCAUUAGAUGAUGCGUUAGAUGUUUAGCUUCAGGUUCCACUUAUGUCUUUUUUGGUUAAGGUGGUAAGUCUCUCAUUCAUUUCAUUUCAUAGAAAUUGUCAUAACAUUUAUGUUGUUUUCUUUCUCUUCUGUUUCCAAAAUCUGUGCCAGCACAUUAUGUAUGAUCAUUUCAUAAAUUGACUAUCCUUGUCAACUGGACCAGACCAAUAAAAACCCUUUUAAAAUCA